CCUUCUAAUUGUUACAAUAUUUACGACGGCGCAUCGUGUCAUGUUUCAAGAGUUUCAUUGGUAGUACGCGUCUUAGCAACGUCUAGGGAAUAACAUCGUUGAUGAAAAAAGACCAGUAACGCUUUCACCAAUGGAUAGUUCAAACAAAUAUAAUGAUUUAGAAUGGGCGAUUGGUCUACAUCGCAGUGUAUUGAACAUGAUUGGCUUGUGGCCGCAACAGAAUAAAGAUCAGCAUGAUGAAUUUUUUUCAAAGUUUCGGAUGCUGUUUAACACUACGUUGAUAAUAUUUGUAUUAAUUAUACCGGCUUUAGCUCAACUAAUAAAAAUAUGGGGUGACAUGAUCCAAAUAAUAGAUAAUUUACAAUUUACCUUGCCUUUUUUGUUAUCGAUACUCAAAAUCUUCAUUAUGUGGUAUAAAAAAAAAGUUUUAUCGCUGUUGAUUAACAUAAUUAUAAAAGACUGGAUGCGAGUGAAAAUGAAUAAAGAGCGAAAUGUCAUGCUAAGAAAUGCCAGAAUUACUCGUAUACUUAUCAAAGGCGGAAUAUUCGUUGCCAUUUUCGCAGCGUUUAUUAGAAUGAGUCCUACAUUUUUUAAACAAUACUUCGGGCAUGUGAAAAAUCUCACUAAUCUUGAAAAAUCUUUACCGAUUCCUACACACUACUGGUACGAUAUAUCCAACAGCCCGAUAUACGAGCUAACAUAUCUAGCACAAACAAUCAGCGUAUUUACAUGCGCUCUAACUUACGUUGUAAUCGACAACUUCCUUGGACUACUGAUCUUACAUGUAUGUGGUCAAAUGGAGAGUCUGCAUCUGCGAUUAUUGAAUUUGGGAAAGGAUCCGGACUUCAGAGCGGUUUUAAAGUACAACGUUAAAGACCACAUCCGCUUAAUCAGUUGCAGAUUUGUAGAAGCCAUUGAUGACACGUUCAAUUUAUUGCUGCUUGGCAUAAUAGGCUUCAGUUGCAUACUAAUCAGUCUUCUUGGAUUUCUAAUGGUUAAUGCUAUUAAUCAAGAUAGUCACUUGUCGAUCCCAAAAAUAACUUGGUACUUUUCUGCAAUUGCAAGUAUGUUAUUGCAAUCGGGUCUUUAUUGUACAGUUGGUGAAUUACUUGUAAAUCAAUCUGAAAAAAUACAUAGAACUACGUAUGAAUGUAUAUGGUAUACUCUAAACUUGAAAACAGCAAAAGACUUGACAUUAAUUAUGCUGUGUGCAAAGAGACAACUAAAUAUCACAGCAGGAAAAAUAUUCCCAAUGACAAUGACAACAUUCUGCAGCAUAUUAAAAACAUCUAUGGGUUAUAUAUCUAUGUUACUUGCGGUUCGAAAUUAAUAACGAAAAAUUAGAUAAAUCGAUUCAUUAUUUAUUCAACAUAUGGUAUGAUGAUGUAAAAUUAAAAAUAAAUUGUUUUUAUAAA